AUGAGCAAGAAAGUCACAGAGUUUCAGACACGAGUGUACGACUGCCUUCAACAAAUCCCUGAAGGCAGAAUUGCAUCGUAUGCUGCAAUUGCACGAGCGCUGAACUCAUCGCCUCGUGCGGUUGGUGGGGCAUGCAGGAAUAAUCCAUUCGCACCAGAGGUGCCGUGUCAUCGAUGCAUUGCCUCUACAGGUUUUCUCGGUGGCUUCAAAGGCGAUUGGCGCACCGUUCCGAGCGGGAUGAAUUGUGAUAUGAAGCUAGAACUACUCGAGAAAGAGGGUGUCAAGUUUGACAAAGACGGCUAUCUCAUAAACAAAUCCUGCUGGUGGGAUGACUUCAAAGUAAAGGCGGUUUAG